AUGGGGGUGUGCUGCCUGACGUCGUCGACGGCGGCGCUGGCUGCGAGCCCCGUGGACGGCGCGCGCUUCUACUCGAAGGACCUCAAGCCCGGCCCCAAGUGGAAGUACUACCGCGGGCACGACGCGCCCUCGAGCGCGCAGUAUGGCUGCACGGCCCUCAGCGCCACCUUCACGCUGAGCAUGGCCAUGGACCAGUGCAUGAAGGACCCGGUGUGCAAGGGCAUGAACCACCAGAAGGCCGGAGCCGACCCGUACAAGAGCGAGACGUCCGGGUACGUCUGCGCCAAGGACGGCGGCCCCCCGUACCCGCACCCGUGGACGGACCUGGUCUAUCUGGAGAAGACGGCGCUCGCGGACAAGCUGUUCUGGUACCGGAGCACGGCCGACACGUUCGAGACGCACAAGUGCACGCCUCUCAGUUCGGCGUACCCGCUGGACGCGUGCGCGCGGGAGUGUCUGGGCAUGGGCAGCGCGUGCGGCGGGUACAACCACGUGGCCGGCACCACGCGGACGACGGGGACCUGCUGCCUGAAGAAGCCGCUGCUGCUGACCGCGCGCUCGACCUAUCCGCAGACGGGCGGGGGCGCGAUCGGGUACUACACCCGCGUGGGCAACCGUCCCAAGUUCACCGUCUUCGAGGGCGACGUGUUCGGCGACGACCUCGCGCCGUGCGAGCCGCUGUCGUCGAGCUACCAGAUCCAUGACUGCGCGCAGCGCUGCCUCGACACCCCGACGUGCACGUCGUUCAACCACAUCGCCACCGGGGGGGGGAUCUUUCUCCCGUACGCGGGAUGGUGCUGCCGCAAGGGGACGACCAGGCUGCCGACGCCGCGGGACCCGGCGAACACCCACUACUACACGCGGACGCCCGAGGCCAGCGACUUCGUGUUCGAGGGCACGGGGCGCGACAUCGUGGGCUUCAUCAAGUGCACGCCCCUCUCGUCGAGCUUCACGCUGACGACCUGCGCGACCGAGUGCAAGAACGACGCCAAGUGCGGCGCGUUCGUCCACUGGGGCGGCAGCCCGACGUCCGAGACGUCCGGCACGUGCUGCACGAAGGAGCUGUAUGCCCAUCCCUUCCCCGCACCGCACACCAUCCCCGACUUCCGGUUCUACCGCAAGCCGGACGCCGUCGCGCCCUUCACGGGCGCUCUCGGCCAGGACGUCCCCGGGUUCGAUUUCGACGCGGGUUCGCCCACCGCGUCGGGGUGCACGGGGCUGUCGGCGUCGUACCAGCUGCUGGCCUGCGCCAACGAGUGCGCGGCGGACCCCAUGUGCACGCACAUCCAGCACUUCGGGUCGGGCAGGCACGAGGCGUCGGGCACCUGCUGCAAGAAGCACGCCCCCGCGGAGCCGACCGUUGCCAGGGACGCAUCCAUCCACACUCUGUACACGAAGACCAGCGAGGCCUCCCCGUUCGAGUUCAUGGAGGGCUUCGACGGCGCAAACGACAUCUCGUGCGUCGCGAUGUCGCCGACGUACAGCCUCGGGGCGUGCGCGAAGGACUGCCUGGCGGACAGCGCGUGCUCAGGGUUUGUGCACGUGCCCACAGACGGGUCGGGGUACUGGAACGGGGUGUGCUGCCGCAAGCGCGGCGACGCGCCGCCGUGGCCGUCGUCGCUCGCGUGGGGGGGUCGCAAGAUCCGCUACCACCAGCGCAAGAACUGGCAGCACAAGUAUCGACGGAUUGAGGACCACGACACCAUGCGGACCAUCGCGUGCAGGACGUUGUCCGGGUCGUACACCUUCUCACAGUGCCUGGACGAGUGCACGGCGAACCCGCAGUGCGGGGGGGUCAACCACGUCAGCGUCCGGUCGAACGGCGUCCCCGCCCCCCGAGAGUACAACGAGGGCACGUGCUGCCACAAGCACGUGGACGAGGAGCCGACGCCGUACACGACGCCUUAUGCGGUCCGCUUCUUCGCCAAGGUCGACCACAAGCCGCGGUACGCCUCGAUUCUGGGCGACCACGAGGGCGACGACAUCGCGGGGAGCUGCCAGGCCGUCAGCAGCGCGAACCCGAUCGGCGACUGCAUGGCGCGAUGCGACGCGGACGCCAGCUGCGUCGCGUUCACGCAGACUCGGGCCGCGAGCGGGCACUUUGACACCGCCGGCGGCACGUGCUGCCUGAAGACGAAGGGCACCCCCACCACGAUGGGCUCCGGCGACACCAUGCUCUACACGCGUGCGUCGUCGAUCGUUGCAGCCAACGCCACGGCCGCAGCGACGCCGGCCGGGCGCCACGAGGUGCGCGUGCAGGGCAGAAUCAACGUGGCUGCGUCGGCGGGCGGCAGCGCCGCCAACAUCGACGUCGCGUUCCAGCACGCGUGGGCGACGUCCGGCGAGGCGAAUGCGUGGCCGACCGCGAACAUCACCGUCGCGAACGACAUCACCGCGCGGCAGCUCGUGGACGGUCUCGGGCAGAUCUUCGGCGCCGCGCUGUCCGACUCGGACCUGGACAAAACCGUCCCGUUCCUCUCGCAGACGACCCUCCGCCACGUCUUCCUGGGCACGCGGCAGAACGAGAUCUCGUUCGGCGCCGCGCUGCUGUUCGAGCAGACGCGGUUCGCGACCAACGUCACCAUCCAGCGGGACGCGGCCCGCGGUUGGGCGAUGCACCGCCUGAACGUGAGCAUCGGCGACGUCGCGGACCGCUGGCACGUCGGCAUGAGCGGCGGCAGGCCGUGCCCCGUCGGGACGCCGUGGGCGGUCACCGCGACGCUCGCGGGGAUGCCGUGGCCUGGGCUGAACCAGCUCGAGCCGCAGUCCGGCUCGGUGACGUUCCAGUGCAGCGCCUCGAACCAGGUGACGGACUGGACGCUGGAGCUGCUGCUGAAGGAGCGCUCGCUGGCGCUCGGGCCCGUGGUCAUCAGCACCAACCGCCCCCUGCUCCUGCUACGAGUACUCCAAGAAGCUGCUGACGAUCCGGGCCGGCGUCGGCGCCGGGUCCGGGUCAAACGUGCCCGUGCUGGAGCUGAUAGGGGCGAUCAACAUCACGCAGUUCAACAGGACGCGAUUCACGGUGCAGUACAACAACCAGGCCAACGUGAACCUUCUCGACGCGCUGGCGCCGCUCGGCAUCAAGGACGACAUCGUCGGUGCCGGCGUCCCGGGCGCAGAGGCGGUCCUGUCGAGCCUCGUCGUGCGGCGACUGGGCGCCUGGUUUGA